ACAUGUGUGCAGUUUUCAAAAAACACCUAAAACGGCACGCAAGGUGUGCCUAGUUACUCCAUGAUGAUCGAGAUUGACGAAGCGAACGACGAAGGGCUUAUAAUCUGCUCAUAAACCCUAAUUUUUCGAUAUAUUUUAAUAUUCCAUCGUUUUCUCGGAUUCGAUCAGACAGAUCGCUGGAAUCGGUUCAACUCCUGUGGUUCUGUGUUUCUUUUCCGGUUCGGUAAUUGUCAUCCAUCAUGUAUUCUUUGACACUCCAUGGAAGAAGUUUAGUACAGUUGCAGAAAUGGCGUAGCUUUGGUGUUUCAGUCACCCUUUUCCAAAAUACAUCCACUUCCGUUGAUGUGAGCCCUAGAGAUGGUCCAAAAGGUAAGAACUUUACUGUCUCUUACCUCGUUGGUUCACUGGGUUUAGCUACAAAACUCGCUGAGUCGAUCUCGAGAAGAGUCAGCUUCGAGGACAGGGGCAAUCCCGAUUCCGUUCUGAGUCUUUUCAGGAGUCAUGGUUUCACAGAUUCUCAGAUCUCCACCAUCAUUACGGAUCACCCACGAUUGCUUUUACUAGACGCUGAGAAAUCACUUGCUCCCAAGCUUAAUUCCCUGCAGUCUAGAGGAGAUGAGCUCACUGAGAUCGUUUCAAAACUUCCCAAAAUCUUGGAUAAGAGACAAGGCAGAUCUAUCAACCUCUACUAUGAUCUUGUCAAAGACAUUGUAGAAGCUGAUAAGAGUUCCAAGAAGUCAUGGCCAGAUGGUAGGCGGGGGAACAAAAUCAGAAACGUUUUGGUUUUGAGAGAUUUGGGCAUGCCUCAGAAGCUGUUCUUGCCCUUGCUUAUCUCCCUUGCCGAACCCGUCUGCGGAAAACAGAGAUUUGAAGCAUCCCUCAAGAAGGUCGUCGAGAUGGGUUUUGAUCCCACAACCUCAAAGUUUGUCACAGCUCUGCGCAUGCUUUACCAAAUGAGCGACAAGACGAUUCAAGAGAAAGUUGCAGUCUAUAAAUGUGUAGGCUUCACUGUAGAAGCUAUAUGGGAGAUGUUCAGAAAGUAUCCAUUCUCUCUGGCUUACUCUGAGAAGAAGAUAAUAAACGCAUUUGAAACGUUUCUAGGCCUAGGAGUGACUAGAGACGAGUUCGCUACGAUGGUCAUGAGCAGUCCUCAGUGCAUUGGGUUUUCUGCAGAGGCGUUGAAGAGAAAGACUGAGUUUCUAGUGAAGAAGAUGAAUUGGCCACUAAAGGCCCUGGUUUUGCGCCCUCAGGUGUAUAACUACAGCAUGGAGAAAAUGAUUGUGCCAAGGAGUAACGUAAUCGGAGCUCUAAUGUCCAGAAGGUUGCUCAGAGAUGGAGUAAAUGAACAACCCCCUCCGCUCCCGUCGGUUUUUGCAUGUACGGACCAGGCGUUUUUAAACAGGUAUGUGCUCAAGGUAGAGGACGAGGAGCUUGUGGCUGAGCUGAUGGCUAUCUUCAGUGGAGACUGUGCUUCAUAGAUCUUGAUGACAAUGGGUGAGAAUAAACAGGAGAAUGCAGUCAGAAAUACAUGUCUCAGAAGCUGUUAUUCUCGUUGCUCAUCUCUGAUCAACAUGUCUGCUGUCAAAAAGAAAGAUUUAAAGGUUAUCGAGGAUGGUUUUGAUCCGGCAACUUUAAAGUUUGUCCAAGCUCUGCAGGUUGCUUACAGAACCGGCAACAGAACAAUAGAAGAGAAAGACAAUAAUGCCUAUAAAUAGUUACGUUUGGUUUUGGGAGAUGUAUGGGAAAUGCUCAAGAAUUGUCCACACUCUCUGACAUAAUCUGAGAAUAAGAUUACUCAGAGGUUUGAAACCCUGAAGAAGUGUGGCCUACUUCAAGACGGGGUCAGCUCAAUGUUCAAGAAGUUUCUACAGUGUAUAGGGAGUUUCAGAGUAGAAGAUAGAUAAUUCCAUUGAAACAUUUCUAGGCCUAUGAUUCAGCAGAGAUGAGUUUGUGACGUUUGGUCAAGUGCCGCCAUCCUCGGUGUCUUAAUCAUUUUGCAGAGAACUGGCCACUAAAGCCCCUGGUUUCGCACCCUAAGGUAUUUGGAUGCAACCUGGAGAUGAGAAAGCCCUCAUGCCCAAAGUAUUGCUCAGAACUGAAUUACCACCACUACGGUCUGUUUUGUUGGACACUGAUGAGCUGUUCCUUAAAAAGUAUGUGAAGAAGCAUGAUGACAAGGAGGUUGUGGCUGAGUUAAUGAUGAAUAUCUUCACCGCAGAUAUUUGCUUCAUAUAUCAGAAGGCUUGGUAAGGACCCUUUUUUUGUUUAUGUUAAUUUUAUAUUUGUUGCUGAAUCUUUUGCCGUUGAAGAAGAGCUUUAAUCUAUAACUGCCUAAGCUUUACUCA